GAUGUCAGUGGGGAAGUGGAAAUAGAAGAGGUAAGUGGAGAAGUGGAAGAUGUCAGUGGGGAAGUGGGAGAUAUCAGUGGAGAAGUAGAAGAUGUCAGUGUAAAAGUGGAAGAUCUCAGUGGGGAAGUGGAAGAUGUGAGUGGGGAAGUGAAAGACGUAAGUGGAGAAAUAGAAGAAGUUUCUGGAGAUUUUGAGCAUGUAAGUGGGGACGUGGAAGAUGUCAGUGGAGAAGUGGAGGAAGUUGAAAACAUUUCUGGAGAGGCUGAAGAUGUACCUGAGGAAAUGGAAGAUGUUAGUGGAGAAGUGGAAGAUGUCAGUGGAGAAGUAGAAGAUGUCAGUGGGGAAGUGGAAGUAGAAGAGGUAAGCGGAGAAGUGAAAGAUGUCAGUGGGGAAGUGGAAGAUGUCAGUGGAAAAGUGGAAGAUGUCAGUGGAAAAGUGGAAGAUGUCAGUGGUGAAGUGGAAGAUGUCAGUGGGGAAGUGGAAGUAGAAGAUGUAAGUGGGGAAGUGGGAGAUGUCAGUGGAGAAGUAGAAGAUGUCAGUGGAAAAGUGGAAGAUGUAAGUGGUGAAGUGGAAGAUGUCAGUGGGGAAGUUGAAGAAGUUUCUGGAGAUGUUGAACAUGUAAGUGGGGAAGUGGGAGAUGUCAGUGGGGAAGUGGAAGAUGUGAGUGGGGAAGUGGAAGAUGUCAGUGGGGAAGUGGAAAUAGAAGAGGUAAGUGGAGAAGUGGAAGAUGUCAGUGGAGAAGUAGAAGAUGUCAGUGGAAAAGUGGAAGAUGUAAGUGGUGAAGUGGAAGAUGUCAGUGGGGAAGUUGAAGAAGUUUCUGGAGAUGUUGAACAUGUAAGUGGGGAAGUGGAAGAUGUCAGUGGGAAAGUGGAAGAUGUGAGUGGGGAAGUGGAAGACGUAAGUGGAGAAAUAGAUGAAGUUUCUGGAGAUUUUGAGCAUGUAAGUGGGGACGUGGAAGAUGUCAGUGGAGAAGUGGUGGAAGUUGAAAACAUUUCUGGAGAGGCUGAAGAUGUACCUGGGGAAAUGGAAGAUGUGAGUGGGGAAGUAGACGUAGAAGAUGUCAGUGGGGAAGUUGAAGUAGAAGAUGGAAGUGGAGAAAUGGAAGAUGUAAGUGGGGACGUGGAAGAUGUAAGUGGAGAAGUUGAAGAAGUUUCUGGAGAUAUUGAAGAUGUCAGUGGGGAUGUGGAGGAUGUAAGUGGGGAAGUGGAAGAUGUCAGUGGAAAAGUGGAAGAUGUCAGCGGGGAAGUGGAAGAUAUAAGUGGUGAAGUACAAGUGGAAGAUGUAAGUGGAGAAGUUGAAAAAGUUUCUGGAGUUGUUGAAGAUGUAAGUGGGGACGUGGAAGAUGUCAGUGGAGAAGUGGAAGAUGUCAGUGGGGACGUUGAAGACGUUUCUAGAGAGGUUGAAGAUGUAAGCGGGGAAGUUGAAGAUGUAAGUGGGGAAGCUGAAGAUGUUAGUAACGAAGAAGAUGUUAGUGGGGAAUUGAAAGAUAUUAGCGGGGAAAUGGAAGUAGAAGAUAUAAGUGGGAAAGUGGAAGAUAUCAGUGGAGUAGUGGAAGAUGUCAGUGGAGAAGAGGAAGAUGUAAACAGAGAAGUGGAAGAUGUGUCGGGGGAGGUGGAAGAUGUAAGUGGAGAAUCGGAAGAGGCUGAUGUUAGUGGGGAAGUGGGAGUAGAAGAUGUAAGUGGCGAAUCUGAAGUGGAAGAUGUGAGCGGAGACGUGAAGGAUAUUAGUGGGGAAGUAGAAGAAAUGUCUAAGGAAGUGGAAGAAUCUUUUGGGGAAGUAGAAGAUUCGUCUGAGGAAUCGUCUAAGGAAUCCUCUGAAGAAUUAGAAGAAUCGUCGGAUGAAGAUGAAGAAUCGUCUGAGGAAUCCUCUGAAGAACUAGAAGAAUCGUCGGGUGAAGGUGAAGAAUCGUCUGAGGAAGUAGUAGAACCGUCUGAGGAAAUUGUAGAGGUAUCUGGAGAAGUAUCAGAGGAAAUAAGUGUUUACGAAGGAUCUGGAGAAGAUCUUGGUGUUACUGAAGAGACAACUGUAGAAGUUGUAGUGACAGAUGAUGCCGUUACUUCAACUGUCAAACCGUCCAAGGAAGAGGGGGAAGAAGUGGCGUCCGGUGACGAAGAGGAUGGUUCGGGUGAUGUGGAAUCUGUAGACGUCACCCCGACCACAUCGGGUGAUGGUGACAGCGUAGAACCUUGUGAAGAAGACACGGACAGCGUCAGUGGAGCAGGCUCUUUAAUUUCAAGCUUAGAAGUGAUGAAAGGAAUGCUUGAAGGAAAGGAUAAGAAGAAGAAAUGCAGGCCAACGUCACAAAUGUUAGAGAAUACCACUGAGUUAACGACAAGAGUUACUACCUCUUCGUCUGCCACUGAGACCUCGACUGUCUCUGUGGAUGGAAUAACCACGACUGUGUUUUCGACCGAAGGAGAUGAGAAUGUUACAGUCAGUUCAGUUACUCCACUUGACGAGAAUGUUACAGUCAGUUCAGUUACUCCACUUGACGAGAAUGUUACAGUCAGC